AUGGCAUACUAUUACUAUUAUCAAACACCACCUGAUCCACUAUCACCUGUACCAACCACAGAAGAAUUAUCAACACGACAGCCACCUUUAUUAAUGCUAUCUUCUCCACCGCAACAACAGCAAUUGAAUCUACCACUUCUCACACCGGUUCAUCAAUCGGUAACAACAUCAAUGCCAAUGAUGACGAAGACUACUACUACUACUGCUAUAGAAAAUAAUGAACAGCAGCAGCUACCCACACCAAAUACAUUCAUUAGGCAUUGCGAUGACAUGGGUUUAUUUCAUGAUUUACAAAACAUUGUAGUAAUGUCUUCAUUAACUGGACCAUCAGGUGAUACAACAAUUACUACAGUCCCUGUCUCUAAUGCUGCUACAAUAGUCACCACAGCAACAUCAACAGGACAACCUAUUUCUUCAAAUUUAUUUGACUCAUCAUCAACAGCAAUUGUGACAACCAUGAUGAUGGCAAAUCCUUUUGACGAAACAUUUAAACAAGCAGUAUUGCAACAACAAAAAAAUGAAACUAAUCCAUCAGAAAAUAUUUUCAAUCACAACAAUAACAAUGAUGGUGAUUUAAACACCCCAUUCAUAGCAACAACCACUGUUGUUAAUACAUCCAAUAACAAUACUAGUUUGAAAACUUCAACUUCAAUGGAUAUGAUAUCUACAACUGAAGCAGUUGAAUCUAAUAAGAUGAAUUUGACAACUGUGCCUCAAUCGCAACAGCAGAAUAUAUACAUAACGUCAACAGCAGAAGCACCGACUAGGGGUGUAUUAGUUAUGAUGGUAGAGCAUCCACAACAUCAACCGCGUAAUUCAUCUCUCCCUUUACCUGAACAUCAACAACACCAACAAAUUAUCGAACAACAUCAGUUCAUUGUUCCAACAACUACAACCACAACUAGUGUCAUCGACACAACAACAAUAACACACCAUGAUCAAGAAUUGUAUGAUGAAGAAGUCGAUGAUGAAAACGGUGGUAUAAUCAUCAAUGUUAGAAAUGAUACAACUACAAUUAAACAGGCUUUAAAACAGAAUCUAUUGGUGAAGCAACUGCUACAGAGGCGCCAGAAGCCUCCACUCAUAUCUGAAAGCGAUCACGAACUCGGUCAACUGAUGCAGCAUCAGAAUAACGACAACGGCAUUGAUUUUGUUGUCACAGACACUGAAAGACUAGAACAUGAAGACUAUAAUAGUAGUAAUGGUCAAGAAGACGAAGACCAUAACAGUCAAAAGCAACAACUGAAACAGAAACGAAAACAAGAAAUGUUAGAAAGGAACAGGACAGCUGCCAAACGCUGUAGAAUAAAGCGAAAGCAGAGGUGGGAUCUGCUUUCAGAAGAGAAUCGAAAGCUGAAAAUCGAAAAUGGCCGAUUGCGUGAUGCGCUUUCAAAACUUGUGAGCCAUAGAUGUAGUAACUUACAGCAACAUCAAAUAGAACAGCCAGAGAUAAUACAAGAAAUAUUUAAUCAUAGUGAUGAUGUUUAA